AAAAGAAGAACUUCUUUAAUAAAGGGUAGUUAUCUGCAAUCAUGUUGGUUUAUCAGGAUCUUCUUUCUGGCGACGAGCUUCUUUCUGACUCAUUCCCCUAUAAGGAAAUCGAGAAUGGCAUGCUGUGGGAAGUAGAAGGGAAGUGGGUUGUUCAAGGAGCAAUCGAUGUGAAUAUUGGGGCCAACCCUUCUGCUGAAGGUGCGGAUGCAGACGAAGUUGUUGAUGAUCAAGUUGUCAAGGUUGUCGACAUUGUCGACACCUUCAGGCUUCAGGAGCAACCCGCUUAUGACAAGAAGCAAUUUGUUGCAUAUGUGAAGAAAUAUAUCAAGAACUUGACACCUAAAUUGGAUUCAGAGAAGCAAGAAUUAUUCAAGAAGCACAUUGAAGGAGCUACUAAGUUUCUUCUUCCCAAGCUCAAAGACCUACAAUUCUUUGUUGGGGAGAGCAUGCACGACGAUGGAACAAUCGUGUUUGCAUAUUACAAGGAUGGUGCCACUGAUCCCACUUUUCUAUACUUCGCUUAUGGGUUGAAGGAGGUGAAAUGUUAAAAAGAAAUCGAAAUUUUUUCACUCUCAUCGAGUUAUAGCUUGAGUUGUUGGUAUAGUGUCAGUAUUCAGUUUUGAUGUUUUAUAGGUAAUUCGUAGCGAUUUUUGGUAGUAUAUAACUUAGGUUAAGCAUUAUAUACGACAAUUGUAUCCAAAUGGGGAUACGAGUUGAGUUGUACAA